AUGGAUUCCUCCCAUAAAAUAUCUCCGAUUGAAUCCGCCACAACUAAUGUUCUUACAGUGUCGGACAUAACCAAAGUGAGCUGGUGCAAGUACACUUAUACUUGUUCUGGAGACAAACUCCACUCCUUUGUCACUUCCGCCCCACAACGGUCGUCGUCGUCCACAACAGAAUUCGACAGUUUAUCAUGUAUCUACGAUCCAAUAAUCAUUAAUUAUUUGGAAUUAUUAGAGAAGGGUAUACCGUGUACGUGGAAAUUUAAGGACGAAAAAGAAAAUAACUUUGAAAUAGUAUUCACCGAUAAAACGUUGGUCCGAGAGUUGUAUGUCUUCUGGCUUGGAGAUGCCGAUCGUCAUUCGGUCCUAAAAAAUUUAACUCGGCUUGAGGAUUGCGGAGCAUUUGACUGGGAGAGCUUUGAAAGUUCAUCAACACAAUUUGACCUUUUUAUAAGGUCAUUAAAAAAUAUAAUAAGCCGGGAAAGGUGCAAUGCCAAUUGGGGAAUGGCAUUUAUUUCCGAAAUAUCAACAAAAAGUGUACGAAAGCCAGUUAUCAAAUAUCAAGGUUUACGUCCAUUAUCAUCAUCUGAUUUUUCUUCAACGUCAGAGGAAAUUCAAGUCUUGUUGGUGCCCUCAGGAAUUAGAGCAACCCUUUUACCAUAUCGUCGUUAUGAAUCUGAUGACAUUGCAGUUGUCUUGAACGAAUUCAAAAAUUUAUUUGGGCUGGACUUGUCAAAUCUGGAAGAUGACACAUCGAUACCUGCAUUAGUUCAUAUACAAAUUACGUAUGACAAUACUACCAAAGACCUUCCAUACCCUGCAAAGGGUAUUUACGUUAUAACUGAUAUCAAUAAUAGCUAUCGUUGGGAGGCUCAAGAUUCAGGGAUGUUACCAGAAGUUUUUAGUAACGUUAUCGAACAAAGGUAUAAGCCAAGCGAAAGAUGGCAAUAUAAUGAUCAUUCAAAAGAGAUUACGCAGAUCUUGAAACAUAAAAAUCCCAAUGAUUUAAACGCUUCUUCUCCUGGAGUAGACACAACAAUGACGCCUAAUACUCCUGGAAUGGGUAAUGGUACAUCAAGUGCCAGCUCGCCAGGGCAUAAUCUGAGUGCCAACCGGUCAUCAAAGAAGAGGUCUUCGGGAGAAACAAAGGCUUAUCCGUCGCCCCCGGAUGUUAUGCCGUCCAAUGAUGUUCAACAGCAGCUACAAAAUGAUGAAAUAUUACAUCUACCUGAUCUCAGUGCAGAAUUGCUGGAUUUUGAUAUUGAUAUCGAGGGUGAAGUGAUGCAAGACGAUUUCGAUUCUUUUGAUAAAAACCCGCAAACCAUUUCUUCAACAAUAAACUAUCAUACGGCUUCGCCUUAUUUAUCUACAACUAAUGAAGACUCCCCAUCUAUUGUUCAAAAUCAAACUUCUUUAGUCGAGCACAAUCAACUAAAAAUUGAUCAUGAAAUUAAACUUGAGAUAAGCAAAGUUAGAUUCAGAUAUUGUCCUGAGGAUUAUUCUCCAUUAAUAUUUCACAACGAAGUUGACAUGUCUAAAUAUAUGCCUGGAGGGAAGUUUUGUCAUUCUACAAACCGUAAAAAACGAAAGCGAGAUUUCUUAUAUACUCCAGAAUAUAAGCCUGCUUGGGUUGUUGAAGCUAAAAAAUCCAAAACGUUAGAUGAUAAUUCAAAUCCUUUUUAUAGGCAAAAAAAGCAAAAAGAGGCGAAAUAUGUAUAUUCUUCGAGCAAACGUAACACUAAUCGUAUUAGUGAGAGCAGUGAAAGUGAGUCGUCUGGAACUGACACAGAAUCCGACAGUGAUUCUGAAUGGGACCCUCUUGAGAUUGUUUCAAAUCGUCGCAAGUUAGAUUUCUUAAAUGCUGGACGUCUAAGUAUGAUAUUUAAUGUUUACGAUCUUCAUGAGCGACGGCAACUUCGACGCUUGAUAGAUCGCGAAGUUUGCAAUGAUAAACAAUCCAAGUUAGCAUUACAGUUCCUUCGAGAACAAAUAGUUGGUGGUUCGUAUCCUUUUGGUGCAGGAAUCCAUGGUGAUGGCGAGAGUACACAUGAGUUUAUCGAAUCACGAAGGCGGAUUUUGGAAAUUCUUGGUGGUGCUCUUCCAUCAGAGCGGCAAGAAAUCACUUUGUCAUUAAAGAAGGCUGUUGAAGAAAUUUCUGAUCAAUUUCCACUUUCAGAAAAGCAUUCAAAGUUGUCUGUUAUUGGGCCGCUGUCGGUUCAAGAUUAUUAUAACUUAAAUGCUACGGAUAAUAAGGAUUCGGAGCCGAAUUUCAAAGCGUUCAAGACACCUGAUGUAAUUGUAUGCGCCGAUGAAUUUCUUAUUGAGACUUCCCCGGAGAUCGUCAAGUAUUGGGAUAAGCACAACCUCACUCCUUUUGCUGAUAGAAAGGAUAUUAAAUACUUUGUUUUCUAUCCAGAUAGUGAGUCACUAAAGUUUCAUGUGGAAAAUUUUUUCAACGAACUGCGAGUCCAGUAUGAGCUUCAUUGUGUUUUAGGAAAACAUGAACCUGCAACUAUGAAAAGCUUCAAACAGGGCAUGGUACCCAUUCAAUUAGCGUCAAGUCAAGAAACAGAACUUGAUCGAAUGAUUCGCAGUUAUGAAACAACUUGUGAAAAUUUUGGCCGUUCAUUGGCACAACAUAUUGCUAACUUUGGAAAAACGCAACUCGUAAUAUAUCUUGUCAACCCAUUUGAUCAUCCGACGGCUAGUUAUGAUAUUUUUAAGUGUUAUGCUAAACUUUAUAUGUCACUUGAAAAUUCAUUGAAAUCUGUCUCAAAAAAUGUAUUGAACAAUGUAAUUCCACAACUCAUACCGAUUGAUCAUAUUGUUCGAUUCGAUAAAAAUUGUAUUAGACCAUUCAAACUAAGGCCUGUUCUAAGGGAUUUGGCUUUCAGUGUAUACACACGUUCAAAAUCUUAUCGACCACUUUUUAUCUUACCUAAACCGUCUGUCGUUUCCGUCAGUUUCCAGUUGUCCAAUAUAGCUUCUCCAGUGAGAGAUCUUGUUGAAUACAACAAGAUUUUACACAUGUCAUAUGGUUUUAGCUUUGAUCAACGCAUUUUGAUCAUAGUUUGGGUUGAUAUGGAAGGUAAAAGGCUAGGAAGUUACUCAAUUCCAACUUAUGAUAAUAAAAAUCAAAUCAGCCUAGAAUCUUUAUAUAGAGAAGCUUGGAAUAGGACCUGCUCAUUUAGAAAGCACACUGGUGGUUUUAGACAAGUUAUAAUUACCAAAACCGGCAUUAUGAAGAAAGAAGAAAAAAAUUUAUGGGUUGAAGUCACAAAAGGAAUAAUGCCUAUCUUUAGCAUUAAUCUAGAUACGGCAUUUGAAAUUAAGCCGACGCUGGAUGAAAAUGUGCAGAAUUCAAAAGUAUUUGGUAUGGUUUUAAGUAAUCCUAUUCCAAGUAAAGACUUUCGAUCUGAAAUGACGGGCUUUUUGAUUGAAAUGAACAAUAAUGAGGCUGUAUCUAACACUAUUCAGGUGGAUCUUUUGUACAACCCAAGAACUGAUAACAUUAAAAGUACUAAUGUCAUGUGGGAUGUACUCAAUCAAUUCCAUGUACUUUCUUUCAUGGAGGUGGCGACAACUCGCAAAUGUUUACCAAUUCAUGUAUUGAUGGUAGAACGCUGUUGCAGAGAAUAUUUGGGUGUUCCCACUUAA